GCGUUUGUGUUGUUCCUUCUCCCGCGUUCUGAAAAGGUUUUCGUUAUUUCCAAACACUCUAAACUUCACAAUGCAGUCAACUCGCUCUCCACUGAAAAGCAAGAAUGAAAACACUCUUUCUUCAAAAGUGACUAGCAUGUCUAUUGUGGACAAAGAAAACACGCCACCAAGCCUGAACUCUACAAAAGUCCUUGCGUCCAAAACGGCGCGUAAAAUCUUCGACGAUUCGGAGGAACCGACAAAAGCUAUGAAAGUGGUUGCAGAGGAGGAGCCUCUUCUGAAGGAGAACUCUCAUCGCUUUGUCAUUUUCCCAAUUCAGUACCAUGACAUCUGGCAGAUGUAUAAGAAAGCAGAGGCCUCUUUCUGGACUGCUGAGGAGGUGGAUCUGUCCAAAGACCUUCAGCACUGGGAUUCUCUGAAAGAUGAUGAGCGAUAUUUUAUCUCCCAUGUUUUGGCUUUCUUUGCUGCAAGUGAUGGCAUUGUCAAUGAGAACUUGGUGGAGCGAUUCACUCAGGAAGUCCAAGUGACUGAAGCCCGUUGCUUCUACGGUUUCCAGAUUGCCAUGGAAAACAUCCACUCUGAAAUGUACAGCCUGUUGAUUGACACGUACAUCAAAGAUCCCAAAGAGAGAGAAUAUCUUUUCAAUGCCAUUGAGACAAUGCCAUGUGUAAAGAAGAAGGCUGACUGGGCGAUCAGCUGGAUUGGGGACAAAAACGCACAAUUCGGGGAGAGAGUAGUGGCUUUUGCUGCUGUAGAAGGGAUUUUUUUCUCUGGUUCUUUUGCUGCUAUUUUCUGGCUGAAGAAGAGGGGGCUCAUGCCUGGACUCACCUUCUCCAAUGAACUUAUCAGCAGAGAUGAGGGUCUUCAUUGUGACUUUGCCUGCCUCAUGUUCAAACACUUGACCAAUAAGCCAUCAGAAAAAACUGUACAGAAACUCAUAACAAAUGCAGUUGAAAUUGAACAGGAGUUCCUGACCGUGGCUCUGCCAGUGAAGCUGAUUGGCAUGAACUGUGACCUGAUGAAGCAAUACAUUGAAUUUGUGGCUGACAGACUACUACUAGAGCUGGGAUUUGACAAGAUCUACAAAGUGGAGAACCCUUUUGACUUCAUGGAGAACAUUUCCUUGGAGGGCAAGACUAACUUUUUUGAAAAGCGAGUUGGAGAGUAUCAGAGAAUGGGAGUCAUGUCUGGAACUACAGAUAACUCUUUCAGACUGGAUGCUGAUUUUUAAAUCUCAAUCUUGAGAAUUAAUGAUACUUAUAAGCUACAAACUUGCACUUUUCGUCUUCAGAUUUCAUUCUGGAUGAACAGCAACACCCUUUUUAUUAUAGUUUACAAAUGACUUGGGUUUUUAGUGUACUUAUUGCUUUUUAUUUUUUAAUAAACAAAUUAUAUUCUACUUUUCCUUGUUUUGCCUAUAGAGAGUAGGGGUAAUGAAUGUCUUCCAUCUUGCUACUGCAUUCUGUACCCUAGUUGUCUUCAGAAUUAAUUUAGUCAGUGUUGUGGUAUGUUUUAUCUGAUUGAAUGUUGAUGCGUAUAGCUUUGAUCAAAUGUAAACUUAUAAAUUGUUUGGCAAGCCAAUUUGACUAACACCUUAGAUCCGUUUAAAACAAAUGCAAAAAUGGGCCUCCAAUACUUUGGAUGGUAUGAGAUACUUGGAAAAUCUGAAUUGAAAUUGUUUUCCACUCUGUGAAAUUGAGUGACUUCUAGAUCUCUGCUUUUAAAUAUUUAAUUUGCUGGGUAUUUGCUCUUGUAGAUUUUUAUUUUCUCAUUGAACCAGUCAAAACCUACUCUUUGAAUUUGUUUAAAAACAAAAUACUUGUUCAGUAAUUGCAAACUAGAUCGGUUAAAUUCACAAAUGCAUUGUUCAAAAAGUACGAGCUCUGACUUAAAGGCCCAUUGAGAGAUUCCAAAUACUUUUAGUUUGAAAACUGAUGUUAAAAUGGAAGAUGUAGUGAUUUUAGUGUACACUGACUAGGUUACAUGGUUUCCUCAAUGCAUGUCUGUAAUCACAACAUUGCUAACAUGGAAACUUCCAAAGUACUCGGUUUAUUAAUAGAACUAAUUAUCCAGGGCACUCCUGACAUGAGCUGGGUCACCGCCCAUUCUCUAAGUGCCAUCAGAACAUUACAAAACACUUUCUGCAUUGGAUGGCAAGAAUUUUAAGUUGUCGAAGCAGUCUGUAACCCUUAAAAGGCAAGGAAAAUGAAUACCUCAGGAAAUGAAAUGUAUUUAUAUGGUCCAAAAAGUACUCAAUACAAUUUAAUCUUUCUUUAAAAUAUUGCUUUUUCAAUUUUGUAUCUACUAGAAUAGAAGAUCAUUCCUCCAUGGUCACACUUUUAUAUAUAUAUUAUCAGACAUUUAAUAAGUGAACGUUGAAUGAGGUUAACAUUCUGUAACAUUUGUUAAAGGGCUAGUUAAAAUGUAUAUAGCCCAAUCACUCAAAUGAUUGUGCUUUUACGGUUGCCAGUGUCAUUUUUCUUUUAAACGUAAAUAUUAAAACAGCAUUGUAGACUGGUG